GCUGUGCAGACACCAUAAAGGGCUCUUUGCUUAACCUUAAAGCUUAGUCUGCUGUCAAAAAUCUGUACAGUUUGUAAUUUGAAGGAAGUUGCAGGAUUGUGGACAUCUGAGGAGUAGAUGACUGGCAAAUCCUCCUCAUUCCUGUUUACCAGGUUUGGCUGCGGGUUGAGCCCAUACAGUGAAACCAUUCACUUCUCCAGUAUACAUGAAGCUCAAGAUCUGAACCUGCUAUGACUGACCCAGACGUCGUCACUGAGGUCCCAGCAGCUCUCAAACGCCUUGCCAAAUAUGUGGUGCGUGGCUUUUAUGGCAUUGAACAUGCUUUGGCUCUGGACAUUCUCAUCAGGAACGCCUGUGUGAAGGAGGAGGACAUGCUAGAGCUCCUUAAGUUUGAUAGGAAGCAGUUGCGGGCUGUUCUCAACACUCUCAAGGGUGACAAGUUCAUCAAAUGCAGGAUGAGGGUCGAGACGGCUCCGGAUGGCAAAACCACCCGUCAUAACUACUACUUCAUCAACUACCGCCUCCUGGUGAACGUGGUGAAGUACAAGCUGGACCACAUGAGGAGGAGGAUUGAGACGGAUGAAAGAGACUCCACCAAUCGCGCCUCUUUUAAAUGUCCCAUUUGCUUCAGCACUUUCACAGAUUUGGAGGCCAACCAGCUGUUUGACCCCAGGACAGGAACUUUCCGCUGUACCUUCUGUGAGACUGAAGUGGAAGAAGAUGAGUCGGCAAUGCCCAAAAAGGAUGCAAGGACACUCGUUGCAAGAUUUAAUGAGCAGAUUGAGCCCAUCUAUGCGCUGCUUCGUGAGACGGAAGACGUUAACUUAGCCUAUGAAAUCCUGGAGCCAGAACCCACAGAGAUUCCUGCCCUGAAGCAGAGCAAAGAGCGUGCAGCUGGUGCUGGUUCAGGGACAGCAGCUGGCCUUGCAAGUGGACACCAUCGGGAAGCAUGGACUACAAAAGGACCAUCAUAUGAGGACUUGUAUACCCAGAAUGUUGUCAUCAGCAUGGAGGACCAGGAGGAUCUUAACCGGUCUGCAAGUGAAGGAAAGCCAGCCAGAGAGAGACCAAUUUGGCUGCGUGAGAGCACGGUGCAGGGGGCUUAUGACCCUGAUGAAAUCAAAGAUGGGGGCCGGGAUCUGGAUGCUUUCCAGGAGCGUGAGGAGAGCCGGGCAGCACUGGAUGAUAAUGAGGAAGUGAUGCGUGCCCUGCUUAUCCACGAGAAGAAGACGCCUUCUGCUUCCACAGUCGCUGUUGGAGGUACCGCUCCUCUCUCCGGUGGCAACGCUAGUGACUCUGAGAGCGAGACAAGCGAGUCAGAGGAGGAAUCCCCUCCCCGCGCUGCUGCCACGGCCACCACAACGUAUGGGCUGGAGGAGGAGGAUGAGGAUGAAGAAUUUGAGGUGGUGGCAGAAGACCCCACUGUCACAGUGGCUGGGCGCCCACACUCUUACAGCCAAGUGAGUCAGCGCCCUGAGCUGGUGGCCCAGAUGACGCCAGAGGAGAAAGAGGUUUACAUUGCCAUGGGGCAGCGCAUGUUUGAGGACAUGUUUGAUUAACUGAUUCCUCCCAUGGCGUUUUUUAAAAAGUGACUUUUUAAGCCAGAGACUCCCUAGUAAAACAGAAGACUGAAGCGCGUCUUUCCUCCCCUGUGUGCGGGGACACUGCGGCUCAGGAGUGCUAAUCUCAGGCAUCUUGCUCACCAGAGCAGGGGAGCAGGAAAGCUGCAUGUGCCAAAACAGGUAGGGAAGGACAAAUCUCAGACGUGAAGAUGCUUGCAAAGUAAAAAUCUGUUUCAGGCUGCGCUGCACAGGCACUGCUUUAACUUUCUCCAAGGCCCUAGCAGCUCCUUUCCCCGAUUGCUUAGAGUUGUUUUUUGUUGCAGAUCCUAGUGAAGUCUACAUCCCUGCCCUCAGAGGACAUAAGGGCUCCAUAGUCCGAGCAGAGUGCUCUGCAGAGGAGGGCGUAAGUAACAUACAGCUGCCUGUGAUCAGCAAGGGGAGAGGAGAGGGAGGCACUUUGCUGAUGGCAAGCUUGGGCAAGGCUUGUAGCUGACCAGCUUGCCAGCUGCCACUGACCACCAGAGUGGCUGUUUCUAAGCAGGCCUGUAGGCAGCAACCUUUUCUUGCUCCCAUUCACUCCUUACUGGGACUCAGAACCUCAAGGUCAGGUGUAACCUGAAAAACUCAGUGAAAGCCUUGGCAGGCACACACAGUCACCCUUUGUCAGUGUAACAAAUGCCCUCCAUGGCUCUGAACUGUCAGAGUGCUCUGACUUACCAGGAGAUUCCUUCAUUUUCCAGUAUUGUUGCCUGUUGCUUCUGCCUAGCCCUGUCUAAACUCCAGUGUUGCAAACAGUUCAUAGUGGGCAGGGCUGCUGUCAGGCAGUGCCAGAGAAAUGGCAUAACUAGUUUUUAUUUGCAAUCUCACCAGGGCUGUAUGAUUUUAAGAGGAAUUAUACAACUUCAACUUUGAAUUCUGCUUUGGCACAUUCUUUUACCACAGAAAAACAUUUAUCAGUGCCUAUAGAGCAAUAUAAUGUUUGUAAUGUUUUUCUCUUUCAAUUGAAAAUGUUGCUUUUUUAAAAUUGUUGACUUUUCCUAUACAGUACUACAAUAAAACAAAAUGAUAAAAGAAUUCUGUGUUCCAGAGGAUAGAGGCUGCAUUACGUGCUGUUCCACUUACAUGGGCAGCACAAAUUUGCUGUUCACUGAGACUGUAAAUCUGUUUUAUACUAACUAUGCUUUCUAUGUUCUGCUAAUCUUGUAAUGCCUCCUUUGUGGUUUGAUUUUCAGCUUCUUGAUAUUUUGAGUCCCCUCUUUUUUAAAUAGUAUUUUAAAUUUUCUUUUAAGUCAUUUUCAAGAGGAAUAAAUAAACAUAAACUUCUCCCCUUUGUCAUCUUUCAGUUUGUCAUGUGCCUAGUUGGGAAU